CUAAAGUUGCAAGAGUAGAGAACAAGUCGGCGCCACGUCCGAGCAAGGUGCGCAAUGGUGGGCGUUGUGUUGAGGGAAAGGAAAGUGAAAAGAAAUUUCGAGGCAUUCUGCGGUUUUGAUGGCUGAGGUGACCCCACGACCAAAACCGGCAGGGCCGCCCCACAUCAAUUGUCACCGCGACAAUGAACGAGCGGCUAGCCUUGGCGCCACAUGUCAUUCUGCCAACCUGAUGCCAUGUCACCCUUGACGUACCAGUGAUCCCUUGCUGAUACACAUCAACCGUCAAGAUGGCAAUCUCAUGGGACUCCAUACGCUCGUUUCUUCUCCUUGUCGGGCCUAUACUUAUACCCAAGCUGCUUGCAUUCUAUCGCGCCUCCAAGAACUCGAGGAACCGUGCCCUCCCCAUACAGUCUAUUCCCGUCAACGUUUCCGUCGCGUUGACGCUUCUCGCCUCUUUGACGAUUCUCUAUCUUGCCAAGACGAUCCCUUAUUUCGCCCCCGAAAAUGUAUUCUCCAAGACCGACUCGCGACUCCAGAUACCAGUCGAUGUCCUGUUCACACGCAUCGCGUCGAGCCGACCAAACGAGACGCUGACAGCGGCCGAUCAUGUGCUGAGGUCCAAGUUUAUCAACCUAGAGUCUCGACUCCUAUACCUGCAGUUUGGGCCCGACGUUCUUUCUGAAUGCCCCUUUUGCAACUCUGACGAGCCCCGGAGCUACUUCUACUACGCCAUCCCCGCGAUAAUCUGGCCACACAUUGCGAAUACGGUGGCCAUCGCGGCGGUUACGAGCCCGACUCUGACCGGGCGGCAUGGCGCCCAGUGGAGGACCUACGCGACGAUAGCUUCGGGCGUCUUGGGUGCUCUCGAGGUGUACCUCGUCAGCUCGUACAACUAUCAGCUCAACUCGCGUGCCCUCAGGUUGCACCAGCUCGACAUGUUCUUCUGGGACAUGCGUACCUACCGCUACGCUGCACUUGCUGUGCUGAAUGCCGGCCUCGCUUACGUCCUAUUCCUGUCGUCCACCAACCGUGCAUUCGGCACGCCCCCGAGCCCAGCCGAGCGCGUAGAAACGGCGAACCGGGCACUCGGUGCCGCUAGAGGCAAACUGAACGCCCUGGGAAUCAUCAGAAACACUACGGUGCGGGACGAUGACUUGCGCACACGGGUACAACAUUACUGGGCUCAUGAAGUGCGCUUGAUGGGAGAGGUCAUGGAGGAGAGGGAAGUCGUCGAGGGUGUUAACGACGCACUUAGUAAUCGUAUCAAGAUCGAGGACAUCAGCCGAGACGCUGAGAUGUACGCACAGAGCGUGCUGCAGCCUCUUGAGAUCAAGAAGGAAGAACAGAGCUAGCCAAUUAG